GUUCAACAUCGAGUUACAAAUCUAUAUGUUCGUAUAAUCCAUGCUCUGGGACCUGUCUCGUUGUCUUUUAGUGGACGGCAAUAAACGAUGAGGGAACAUGAUGAUGGCUGAUCAGUUUCGGAAGGCAGAACAAUAUUCGCCAAAAUCGUCACCCAGAGGGGCUCGGUCCCCUGUUGUUUCACGUCAAGAUUCUACAGGAACAUUAAAAACGACGAUCUCUUUAGGGAAAAACCCAUCUAUCGUCCAUAGCGGACCCUUCUAUUUGAUGAAGGAGCCGCCAGAUGUAAAAGAUUUAACUGGAGCCACAAAUUUGAUGGAACAUUAUCGUUUGGAACAUUCAUAUAACAAAUUCAGUGGUAAGAAAGUAAAGGAACAGCUGUCAUCUUUCCUUCCAUAUUUACCUGGAAUGAUUGACACCCCUGGUCAUCAGGAUAAUAGUUCCCUCCGUUCUGUAAUUGAGAAACCUCCUAUUGGUGGUAAAGAAUUGCUUCCCCUAACUAGUGUACAACUGGCUGGAUUCAGACUUCAUCCAGGACCACUUCCAGAACAGUAUCGCUGUGUGAACCAAACACCGCAAAGAAAACACAAAAAUAAACAUAAGAAGCAUAAACACAAAGCUGGAGAGACGCCAAGUCAAGAAACACAGGUCACUGAGGUGGGACAAGAUACGCACGAGAAGAAGCACAAGAAACAGAAGCGUCACGAUGAAGAAAAGGAACGUAAGAAAAGAAAGAAAGAAAAGAAAAGGAAAAAGCAGAAACAUAGUCCUGAACAUUCUGGUGGACUUACGCCAAGUCAGCAUUCUAGUGGUUAAGUUUACAUUAUUUUAAGUGUACAUAUUGGAUAAAAAUUCUUGUAAAGUACAACACUGCCUCAAAUAUGAGUUAAAAAGACCACUUGGUACAAUAUUCUUGCAUCAUAUACUCUAAGCCAUUUGCUCUAGAAAGGUGUAUUAUGUAAAUAAAUAUAUUUUUAAGCAGAUUUUACCUUAUCCUGAAUGUGAAAUAUAUGUACAAUGUAAACUAAUGUCCUUAGGUUUAAUGAAAUAUGUUAUUGUACUGUAAAUUUAUGGUGCAAAAUGUUGUAAAUGCAGACUAAAUUAGUUAAUAUUUGUUAUUAGUUUUAAUUGUGGAACUUCACACAUUGUUCAAAUGAGCAGACCUAGCAGAAUAUCUGAUUAGUUAUUUGUAACAUUAAAUUUAACUGAACAAAAUAUGUAAAGGUAUGGAAAGAAGUGUCAGUUUAGUAUGAAAGGAAAUGGUUUAUCAUUAGCAUUGAUAAAUUCCUAGUCAUGCUUGUUUUAUAAUGCUGUAUGUUGGGAAAGGUGAGGCAAUUUCAUGUGCAGCUGACAUGUUAUACAACAUGAUCAUCUUUCACUCUGCGUGAAUCUGUUUUGGAAAUGGAUAAUCCAUUAAUUAAAUGUGAUAUUGGAGAG